UCUCUCUACAGGUUUUCUAGUGGAACCCCUCUCGGCCCAGUCUUUCCGCUCACUCCUCCAUCGUAUCGUCACCAUGACAGACGCCCUGUCUCCCAGUGGCCGUGUCACCCCGUCGCUGCUCUCAAAGCUGCGGCGAAGGUCUACUUCGACGCCGCAGUUGCCGCCGUUGGAGCUGGGCGAGGAGAGAAGCAGAGAUUCUUCUCGCAUGUCGAUGUGGUCCCGAGCGCUUCGAACUUCGGUGGGCGAGAUGGAGCGGUCCGCUUCGGGUGGGCAGACUGCUCGGCCGCCUCCUCCCAGCGCCUUUGAUCCACAUCGUAACCUAUUCACCCCAUUGCAGCAGCAGCAGCAGCAGCAGCAGCAGCAUGGCAACGGCCCCAACAUCUCUCGACGUCGCAGCAGCCUGGAACGUGGGAAUUAUAACAAGCGGCCCGUGGCAGCACAGACGCCGCCCCCCGGUGCGUCCCAUCACAUCAAGGCGUCAGGUUCCUCUGCCUCCAUCAGUCCAGCUUCGGCGGUACCGAGCAUGACCUUUUCUCAGUCUCGCAGCAGCAUCCGUUCUAUCCAAGCUGGCGGUGAUCACGACGAGGACGCUGACCACGACGGCUUCUUCACGCCUCCUCCAGGCCAUUCACCUGUCAGGGUGCAUGCAAUGAGCAGCAGCAGAGAUUUGCUAUCACCGGAAACAGCAAUGAGCGUUUUUUCUCAAGACGAAAACUACAGUGAUGCAAACGAAUCGGUGCCAAUAGGCAGUGGCGGUGGCGGCGGUGGUGGAUUCUAUCAGCGCAUGCGUAAUGCAGCCAGUGCAUCCAACCUGGGCAAGCAGAUGGGAUGGCAAUCGAGGGAUUCAGUCACGGCGAUAGGUCACGACGCCGCAGAGCAAGGGGAUCAAGACACGUUCCUCCCAAACUUUGACGACGAUAGUGACGAGGACGAUAGGGUUCGUAGCGGGCGGGCUCCAGCUCGAUCUCCUGGCCCUUCUCCUAUCGGCGAAGGAAAAAAAAGUGCAAUUGUGCCCCGGCAGAAGAAUAAGCCUGCCUCACACAAAGUCAAGGCAACGGACUAUGGGCGAUUCCGCACCGCCGAAGAAAGAGCAAGCAUGGAUUUGCAGCAACGAAGAGAGGCUGAGAGGGCACAUAGAGAUGCGGCAGGCCACGGCCAGAGUCAGCAUCCGCCGCAACAACGGCCCUCGCGCUCGACUUUACGCGGCUUGUACAGUAAUUUGCUCAAGAAGGCAGACGACGAGGGCCAAAAGCCAGACGAAAGUCUCUGGGAGAGGGAGCGUCGCCUCGAUGAAAAGAGGCAGACAGAAGAAGCAAAGAAGAGAAAGGCAGAGGAAAAGGCAAAGGAACUCAUGGCCGAAUUUUCAUUGGAAAAGAAGAAACCGGUAAAGAAGGACAAGGGGAAAGGAAAAGAGGGCACCGGCUCGUCGUCUUCGCUGGAUUCUUCCAGAGAGGCAACCCUGGCGUCACCUGACAGCCCAAAGCGCAGAUUUGCCGAAGCGGAAUACCAAGCCAAUUUCUCCCCGAACAGAGCGAGGUCGGGAUCGGACACGUCGGCCUUUUCUUCGGUGAGCGAGCAACGAAAUCGCCAAGCCCGGCGGCCUAAGACGAGUAGCGUUGGCGUCCACAGCGGGAGCAACGCGUACGAGAAUCGGCGUCGAGCGCUCUCGUCUACGGCCUUCGACGACUCCUUCAUUCGAAUGGGCUCCGAAACGAGCAGUAACACCAGUCAUUCUAGGGAAGCUUCGGACGUCUCUUCGGCUGCUUCACGCAGCAUUCGCUGGGAAGAUGCCGACUCGUCGUUUUUGCCGAUCUCCACCGCCACCUUAUCGACGAAAGGUAAAAAGAGCGGCUCUCAGCUCUCGGGCAAGCCCAACGAGCAGCGAAGCAAUCGCAAACCUCUGCCGUCGAUCAUGAUGCACCGACCGGCAUCACCCACACCCUCGGAAAAGCUUCUCCAGAGGGAAGCCGAGAAUGCACUUGGCCUCAGCAACAAGUCCCACGCGCCAAGUAGUGGGGAAGCAUUGUCGCUAUCCCAGGUAUCGUCUGAAAGUGAUCAUCAGACUCCGGUCCGGCAGCAGGAACAGGACGAGGAAUACAACGACCAUCACCAUCCAUUUGCCCUGGACGCAAAUGCGAGUGGAACAGCAAUUGGGGUGUCUGGCCAGAUUAGGUCGUCGCCUGUCCAAGUGCAGCUCUCGAGUCUGCCUCCCCUCACUACGAUGGUCGACGACUGUCUCUCGAUGGCCUGGCACACGAGCGGGGAUGACCCCUGGCAAGGCGUCAAGGCCAAACCGCUCACUGCUUCCUCGUCCAAGGACGUCGUGCCAAAGAGCUGGGCCUCCUAUAUCAAGGCGUAUUCGAAGGGCGAGUUGGACCUUAGCAAUCCACCGGCGCCUCGAUCAGCGCCCCUUGUCAAGCGAGCCAGACCUAGGGCUUCCCCUAACCCCAACGCAGGCACGCCCUCGUUCUCUUCGCCUAGCCCUUCUGCUCGUCCCCUGAAUCAUCAAAGCAGCAACAACUCAAUCGCCUCUGCUUUUGAGUUGCCAACAGCGACGAACAAGGGCAUCGGUCUUGACUUUGGAACGUCUAAGUCCCGUGACCGCGACGUAGGAAGCAGAGCGACCCUUCGCUCGCCCAGCUGCGAUGCUCUCUUUUCCUACUCGCCAUCGUCAUCUCCGACCAGCUGGAUGCCAACACCAUCGACGGCCACCAAGGGGACUAGCCCUCGGUUCGCAACGGCGAGCCCCAAAAGUCCAAAGUUUAAUCUGCGGAAGACAAAGUCCAGAGAGAUGUUGAGGAUGCCGGAAGAGGAUGUCGAAGAAAUUCGAACGCAGGCAGAAGAAAUCUCCGCCGUCGGUGGCAUGGGCGACAUCAGAGCGCCGAGACCUGCUUGGGAAGCCAAGCGGAACCACGCAGCAAAAGAGCUUCUCGACGCCUACCGUCGAGAAAGUCAUCAAGGUGGUGGUCACAGCGCUUCUUUUACAUCGCGGAGGCCGAAUGCUCGACUUGAGGCCAUAGUGGAAAGACUGGCCGUCUCGAUGGGCUGUUCCUAUGCCGGCGUGCAGCUUCUCCUGUCCGACGAAGCCAUCGUCUUGGCCAGCAGCGGCCUUGACGAAGGGGCCAGGGCAAGCCUCGAGGUGUUUUCGACGCCGCGCAUCGACUCGUUCGGUGAAGCGGAUCAGGCCUUUCGCCCCACAGACUCCUUGCUGAAAGGUCAGAAGCUCUGGAGGGACCGAACCCUGGAUGCACACACGAUUCUCUGUCGUAACGCCACGCCGCUUGUCAUCGAAGACCUGUCUCAGGACUGGCGAUUCGAUGCUAGGGAGGCUGCAGACAUACGCUUCUACGCUGGCGUUUCUGUCCUCUCUUCCAACGGCCUGCCUGUCGGAACGGUCAGUGUGACGGACGCGAGAUCAAAGAAGGAUUCUUUCUCGAAGGACGCUCGCGACAAGCUCGCAGAGGCAGCAAGGGAAGUGGCCAAGGAGUUGCAGAGGUUGCAACGCCAAGCCAUGGUUGCGACUUUGGCCCAUCUCGAUGAGAGUCUUGCGAGGUGGACAGGCCUGCCAAACGGAAUGAACGUUCAAGCAUCGCCAUCUGACACUGCUGCACGGGGUAUCGAAGCCGUCCUCGAGAAGUCCAAUGGCAGCAACAAUCACUUGCUAGCAGUUUCUUCGCUGGCCCAGAGAAGGGGUGCAAGAGUACCUACGACGUUGAACGUGCCCGCUUCGCCAGCCGUUGAUUUUGGCUUUGACCGUGACGACAAUUUGACACCCACUUCGCAAAGCGCACUCGAAGCACGUCUGUCAAGUGCUCUUACAACGAUUGUUCGCUCGGUGCCAAAUAUCGACCUGGCCUACGUCGCAAGGGUGUGCUCGCACCCGCUCGACUGCCAUGUGAUCACUUCGAGACAGUCUGGCAUGUUUGGCACAGGAUGUGACAAUGAGCUCGAGCUGGACGCAGAGAUGCAUCUCUGUGCUCUCGCAGCUUCCAAGGUCGGGCUACGGUUUGAUCGUGAGGCCGACAAAGUGGCGCGCCUCUUGGGCUUGGACCUCGCCAAGCAGCAAGAGCUGCCCACAAAGGAAGAGCAUACAAAAGGCAUUCUUGUCGAUUCGGCCAGUGCGACAACCUCCGAGGAUGAAGAGCACCAUCAUCAACACGUCUUGGGACCUGCAGCAGCCCAAGAUACCGCCCUCGUCCGGCCUCUGCAAUCGGCCGUGGUUGUCGGCUGCGGUCUCAAGGAGGGUGGUAGAGCGCACCGAGGAACCGAGGGCUGGGUUCUUAGCGUUGCCUCAAGAUCAUCCGACCCUCUGGGCCCGGAAGUGAAUUUGUAUCUGCUUCGCUUCGCUACCCUCUUGGCAUCGCUCCUCCUCGAGAGCCCUCAGUCCCCAGCGACGCCCAAGCGUUCGCUGACACCCAUCAAUACAAGACCGUCGUUUCCGCCACGGAGCACUUCGCCUAUCGUGAGGAGCUCAAGGAACGGAAAGUACAUUCAUGGAGGUCCCGCUUCUCCACCACCCAAUGCGCCCCUGCCGCUCUUGCCAGUGUCGCCAUCCAAGAUGAAUGCACCGCUUCCAAGCCCUCCGCUGACUGCUGCGCUUCCUGCAACUUCGGAUGGGGCCAGCGCUUCGUCGAAGCAGCCAUCGCCUCUUCGUCAGAGAUCAUCGACAAAUGUUUCGAAUGCAUCGAGCUCAAGAGGCUCAAGUGCCUCGACAAAUGAUGACCUGGAAAUCAUUGAGAGCGAAGAUGGCCAUGCGAAUUUCUCGUUCCUUCGCAUUGGAAAAGGAAUGUCGCAGGAGGCCGUCGUGCGUGCUUGACACGUCCUUCACUUCGCUCCGUCCUCACAUUCAAGGCAGCAAUCACUCAAUGCUUACACGCUUAUUUCGCAUGCACAUUGUGCCUCUCCCUCGCUCUGCCAGUCCAUGCGCUUCUUUUCUGUCUUCUUCUUUUGCCUCCUUCGCUUCAGAUUGUACAGUACCUAUCUUUUCUUCUCAUUUGUCCCUUUUUGCUUUGGCUUGCAAUCGUUCACAAUUCGUCAAUCAUCGAACAU